AUGACAAGGAUACUUCUUUUAAGAAUAUUAUGUAUCUUCCUCUUAGAAGAAAUUAGAGCUGCAAAGAUAUUGGCAGUAUUUCCAACGCCCUCAAUAAGUCACCAAGUUGUAUUUCGACCGUUGAUUCAUGAGCUGGCGAGACGUGGUCAUGAUGUCACAGUCAUCACCACUGAUCCCGUGUACCCACCAGGUCAAGCACCGGAUAACCUCACUGAAAUAAAUGUUCACGAUCUGUCCUAUAAGAUUUGGAUGGAGGAAUUCUUUAAAGCUACUGUUGAAGACGACACUAUAACUGACCAAGUAUCUAUUAUAAUGAGAGCGGUAACGAAAAUCACUAUAGAUCAAUUAAAAACAAAAGAUGUUCAAGAUAUUAUUCAGAAAAAAAAGGGAGAAUUUGAUCUGUUACUUCUAGAAGCUUACGUUAAACCAGCUCUGAUAUAUUCACAUUAUUUCAAAGCUCCAGUGAAUCUCGUCAGUUCACUAGGUGCUAUGAAGUUUAACUACAUAACAGUCGGUGCUCCAACUCAUCCUCUCUUGUAUCCACCAUUUUUACACCAAAAACUAUAUAACCUAACGAAUUGGGAAAAACUGCAGCAAUUAUAUAGUCACUGGUGUAUAGAAGACAAUGUUUGGAAAACUGAGCAAGAAGCUGACAAACUACUGAAAUCUGAAUUUGGAACUGAUAUUCCAACCAUAAGUGAAUUAUCUAAUAAUGUACAUAUGCUUUUUAUAAAUAUGAAUCCGGUUUGGGUAGACAAUCAACCAGUGCCACCUAACGUUGUUUAUAUAGGAGGAAUACAUGUGAUGCCUCGGAAGGAAUUACCGAAGGACAUACAGUCUUUCCUAGACUCGUCGAAGUAUGGUGUUAUCUACUUUAGUUUGGGCACAAACGUCAAAACAUCUGCUUUACCACCAGGAAUUAUACAGACUUUUGUAAAAGUAUUUUCUCAACUACCUUAUGAUGUCUUGUGGAAAUUUGACCAAGACGUUCUACCAGGGCAGACAAAAAAUAUUAAAAUAUCUAAAUGGUUACCACAGUCCGAUAUACUAAGACAUCCAAAUCUAAAAUUAUUUAUCACUCAAGGUGGAUUGCAAUCUACGGAUGAAGCUAUUAGCGCUGGAGUACCGCUCAUUGGUAUACCGUUGUUAGCGGAUCAGUGGUACAAUGUACAAAAAUAUGUCCGACACCACAUUGGUGUACAGCUUGAUAUAGAAUCUCUGACAGAAGAAAAAUUGAUAAAAGCUAUCGAAACCGUUACUGGUGAUAGAAGAUAUCGGGAAAAUAUACUGAGAUUGGGCAAAAUCAUGAUAGACCAGCCUCAGACUCCGCUUGAGCGCGCCGUCUGGUGGACGGAACACGUGCUGCGACACGGCGGCGCCGCGCACCUGAGGGCCGCCGGCGCCAACGUGUCCUGGGCUCAAUAUUUGGAAAUAGAAUUAAUUAUAAUUGUACUAUCAAUAAUAAUUCUCGUUUUAACUGUGAUAUUUAUAGCUUUGUAUACAUUAUGGAAAUUUCUAAGGCGAGUUAAGCCCGAAACCAAACAAAAAACUAAUUAGCGUAUACCAAUUUGUACUAUAACUGUUGAUAAAAAUACUCCGUCGGAUGUUUAUGUUGAUUAUAUGAGCAGUACCUGCUUUUGUAUAGUUAUUUAAAAAAAAAUAAUAACUAUAUAAAUGAUAAA